GAACUUGAGUGAUGUGGUCGCGUCGUGUUUUGUUAAGUUAUCAAUAAGUGAUAAUUAAAUAAAUAUAUUAGUAUGAAGACUUCGCUACUAGUCUUUUGUGGUCUGUUAGGACUAUCUUUCAGACCAGUACAGCCUCAGGCCAUAGACCGCAGGGUAGGGAGAUUGAGAGAAGUCUUUGCAUGGAAGCAACUGACGUACAAUAUUGACGGAGUUUUAUAUCAACAAGACCAAUUUGAGGAGCCUUCAGGUGUGGCCGUGGACAACACACGGGACAGGGUCAAGAGGCAGUCAGGCAAUCUGUUCUUUAACAACAACGAUGCUGAGACUGAGAGAAAUUGGAACCAACAAUCUUCCACUAACAGGAACAGGUCUAGGGGUAACAGGCCGUCAGGAAGACCUUUGACUAACAGACCGACUACAUCAACAUCAACUAACAGACCUGAUAACGUCGGCGGGUCCACUACCACGAUCAGCCCGAGAGAUGAAAAUGGCCGCUUCUUUGUACAAUACAAUAACGUACCGAUGGGAGUCGAACGAGUGGGCGACAGGCUGUUUAUCACCGUGCCGAGGAGGCGUUAUGGAAUUCCAUCCACACUGAACUACGUAGACCUGAAUCGGGAAUCGAACACGUUGUCUCCCGCUCUGCAGCCGUACCCGUCGCUCCAGGCGUCCAGGAGUUUGACCUCAGUGUACAGGACCCGGGCAGACCGCUGCGGGCGACUCUGGAUGGUCGAUACGGGAAUGCUGGAGAUACCCAACAACCGCCAACAAAUCCAACGUCCCGCCAUCGUCAUCUUCGACCUGAACACCAACCAACAAAUCCUGAGAUACAGCUUCAAGGAUACAGAUAUACCAGCUGAGAACACGCCCACAGGUCUAGCGUCAAUAACGGUGGAUAUAACUGACAACGACUGUGACAGCGCAUACGCAUACAUCCCUGAACUCACCACAUUCGGUCUGAUCGUGUUCUCCCUCGCCGACAGGGACAGCUGGAGACUGUCCCACAAUUUCUUCUCUUUCAACCCCACAGCCGGGAACUUGAAUAUUGGAGGACAAAGAUUCCAAUGGAGCGACGGCGUCUUCAGCAUCACCCUGGCGGCUUCAUCUGGCGACUGCAAAGCCGCGUACUUCCAUCCCUUAAUCAGCACCAACGAAUUCUCCGUGUCCACCUGUGUCCUGAAGAACAGAACCGCUAGCCAGGAUUCGAAUUUCUGGAGCCAAUUCUCAGUAUUAGGCGACCGAGGGGAAAACAGUCAAUGUACGAUGCACGAUUACCACGCUGGCACUCGCGUGGUUUUCUUUGCCGAAAUUGGCAGAGACGCUCUGUCAUGUUGGUACGCGGGCAACCCGCUCAGUGCUCCCAACAUUGCGAUAUUGGCGCAGGACAGUCAGAGGCUUAGCUAUCCGUCAGAUCUCCACGUGACUGGAGAUGAGAUAUGGGUAAUGUCAAACUCUUUGCCAAGAUUUGGAUAUUCACGGCUGGACGUCAACGAAUAUAACUUCCAUGUUUACAGGGCGAAUAUCCAGGAAUUAAUAUCGGGAACCGCCUGCGAGGGAUUCAGGACUACCGCCAACAGAGAUAUGGCAUGACGGUGAAAUAAUAAAAAAAAAAUAUGCAUAAUUAUUGAAUAAAGAAG